AUCAGCUCCAGAACGUUCGUACGCCACCCUGCGCGCCAACUCUUCCCGUCUCCUCCGCGCGAUCGUGCGGAAGUUGGAUCGACGACGACAUGUCAGCCGGUGGAAGCGGCAUCCGGCACGACGCCGACGUCGACCUCUACGGCGUCCUCGGUCUCAAGAAGGAGUGCUCCGACGCCGACCUCAGAAUCGCCUACCGGAGGCUCGCCAUGACAUGGCAUCCGGACAGGUGCUCCGCGUCCGGCAGCUCGGCGAGCGUGGAGGAGGCCAAGGAGCGGUUCCAGGAGAUCCAGGGCGCAUACUCCGUGCUCUCCGACUCCGGCAAGCGGCUCCUCUACGACGUCAGCGUGUGCGACAGCGACGGCAACGACGACGACUACGACAACCACGACGAGCAAGAUGUGUCCGGGAUGGACGACUUCUUCGGCGAGAUGGCCGAAAUGAUGAGCCAGGCGACGCCAACCGAGAGCUUCGAGGAGCUGCAGCAGCUGUUCGUGGACAUGUUUCAGGCCGACCUCGUCGGCGUGUUCGGGUUCGGCGGGCCGCCUCCUAUGGUCCACCGGGCCCAGGCUAAGAGCCCAACAUGUACCUCAGGAUCAUCUUCGUCUCCUCAGACACCAUCGUCAUGCAACGGUGUCAACAAGCGGUGUACUCCGGCGAUGGGCUCCGGGACGCCGCCGAGACCCGGCCGUUCGGGCUCGGUUUCGGGCCUCUCAGGUUUAUCUUCCAAGGGAAGUGAUUUGAGGCGACGGGAGGAGGCGCCAUGGACGCGUGUGGACACGAGCGCCGGUGGGAUGAAUAAGAAGCAGAGGCUGUCGACGAGGCAGAGCUACGGCGUGUAAUCGUCGUCGGAGGAGGAUGACAUCUCGGCGAGCCCCUGCAAGCGUAGAGAUCGAGCAGAAACGCGCCGUGAGCGACCUUCUGUCACCCGGAUUAAUUCUUCCCUACUGACGGCCAGCAAGUUUUGGAGGACAAAGCAUUCGUUUUUCUUUCGUUAGUGUAGCACUGGCAGUUCAGUUGCAGAAUGGGUGAGCCACUUUUCUGACAACCAGUGUGGUCAAGAGUUUUGUAAAAUUUUGUUCAGGGCGU